GGAGCGGACCGGACCGGACCGGACCGGACCGGACCCCACCCCACGGAGAGAAGCCGCCGGGGGCCGGGGUUGCGGGCGGGAGACACACACACACACACACACACACACACACACAGAGGUGCUGCACCCCCAACUCACCGAGCCACCGACGGACGGACGGACGGACAUGGUGCUGGUCAAAGAGUAUCGAGUUAUCCUGCCUGUGUCUGUGGAGGAGUAUCAAGUGGGACAACUAUAUUCGGUGGCGGAGGCCAGUAAAAACGAGACCGGCGGCGGAGAGGGUGUCGAGGUGCUGGUCAACGAGCCCUAUGAGAAGGAUGGAGAGAAAGGCCAGUACACACACAAGAUCUACCACUUACAGAGCAAAGUGCCGACGUUUGUACGAAUGCUGGCCCCGGAGGGAGCCCUGAAUAUCCAUGAGAAAGCGUGGAACGCCUAUCCUUAUUGCCGGACCGUCAUUACGAACGAGUACAUGAAAGAUGACUUUCUGAUUAAAAUUGAAACUUGGCACAAACCAGGAGACCUUGGCACACAGGAGAACGUCCACAAGCUAGAGGCAGCUUCGUGGAAAGGCGUGGAAGUUGUUUAUAUAGACAUAGCAGACCGGAACCAGGUGCUUGCCAAGGACUACAAGCAAGAAGAAGAUCCAGCAAAAUAUAAGUCAAUCAAGACAGGACGGGGACCGUUGGGCCCCAAUUGGAAGAAGGAGCUGCCGAAUCAGAAAGACUGCCCAUACAUGUGCGCCUACAAGCUGGUAACCGUCAAGUUCAAGUGGUGGGGGCUGCAGAACAAAGUGGAGAACUUUAUUCAGAAGCAAGAGAAGCGUCUGUUUACAAACUUCCACCGGCAGCUCUUCUGUUGGCUUGACAAGUGGGUGGACCUGACAAUGGAAGAUAUCCGUAGAAUGGAAGAGGAGACCAAGAAACAGCUGGAUGAGAUGAGAGAAAAAGACCCUGUGAAAGGAAUGACAGCAGAUGACUAAAGCCACCCCUUCCCCUCCUGCACUUUUUGCAAGACAGUGGUCAACAGGAAGGUCCAGCAGCUCCAUCCUCCCGAGGGACCGGCCGUCUUCAGACCCAGCCUUUCUGUUCCCAUCCGGCAUUUUUUUCUUGGUUUUUUUUUUUACCUUUUUUUUUUUCAUCCUCUUCCUCCUCUCCCCACUCCCCCAGCUAACUCUAGAUGCCCUUCAAUAUUGUGAACAAAUAGACCGUCUGGUAUUAUUAAGCACG